CGCCCCGCCGCCGCUCGCCGAGCGAUUUGUCCAGCUGCAGGGCGGGGAAGCUGCUGCGUUGCUGUACCCGGGCGGAGAGCGAGGCGGCGGGGAGCCUGGGAUGCCGCUGCUGAGCCGCUCCCUGCACAGCCUGACUCCGGAUCCGCCAGCCAGGUUCUGAUCGGUGCCGGAACAGAAGUUAAAGAGCCAAGAGCUGCCCUCGGAGACUGGGCUGCAGAAUAAUUAGUCACCAUGACGACAGAGACGGGCCCAGACUCAGGGGUGAAGAAUGCCCAGGAGGAGCCCCCGCAGCAGCAGCUGGAGGCAGCAGCAACCAGCCCAACCACGGUGACCACUGGCUCUGGCCCGACAGCCAACAACCGGGAAGCUGAGGCCAACGAGAAGCCCAGAGCCCAGGCUGACUCCAGAAGUGCGGAGCCGGGCAUGGAUUUGGAGGAGAAGGACUACAGCGAAACAGACGGUCUGUCUGAGAAAACCACGCCCAGCAAGACCCAGAAAUCCCCCCAGAAAAUUGCCAAGAAGCUCAAGAGCGCCACCUGCAGGGUGACCCUGCUCGACGCCUCCGAGUAUGAGUGUGAAGUGGAGAAACAUGCCCGGGGCCAGGUGCUCUUCGACAUGGUGUGUGAGCACCUCAACCUUCUGGAGAAGGAUUACUUCGGCCUGACGUUUUGUGACUCCGACAGCCAGAAGAACUGGCUGGAUCCUUCCAAGGAAAUCAAAAAGCAGAUCCGCAGUGGCCCCUGGAACUUUGCUUUCACUGUUAAAUUCUACCCACCCGACCCUGCCCAACUCACAGAGGACAUCACAAGAUACUACCUGUGUCUGCAGCUGCGGGCUGACAUCAUCACGGGCCGGCUGCCGUGCUCCUUCGUCACACAUGCCCUGCUUGGCUCCUACGCUGUACAGGCCGAGCUGGGAGACUACGAUGCUGAGGAGCAUGUCGGCAACUAUGUCAGCGAGCUGCACUUCGCACCCAACCAGACCAGGGAACUGGAGGAGCGCAUCAUGGAGCUGCACAAGACCUACAGGGGCAUGACGCCGGGCGAAGCGGAGAUCCACUUCCUCGAGAAUGCCAAGAAGCUCUCAAUGUACGGAGUCGACCUGCACCACGCCAAGGACUCAGAGGGCAUCGACAUCAUGCUGGGAGUCUGUGCCAACGGCCUGCUGAUCUACAGGGACAGGCUGAGGAUAAACCGCUUUGCCUGGCCCAAGAUCCUCAAGAUUUCCUACAAGAGGAGCAACUUCUACAUCAAAAUCCGCCCCGGCGAGUACGAGCAGUUUGAGAGCACCAUUGGCUUCAAGCUGCCCAACCACCGCUCUGCCAAGAGGCUCUGGAAGGUCUGCAUUGAGCACCACACCUUCUUCAGGCUGGUGUCCCCAGAGCCGCCCCCAAAGGGCUUCCUGGUGAUGGGCUCUAAGUUCCGCUACAGUGGGCGGACGCAGGCCCAGACCCGCCAGGCCAGCGCCCUGAUUGACCGGCCUGCGCCCUUCUUCGAGCGCUCCUCCAGCAAACGGUACACCAUGUCUCGCAGCCUUGAUGGAGAGUUCUCGCGCCCGGCUUCCGUCAGUGAGAACCACGACGGAGGGGCGGAGCUCGAGAGGCGGGACGAGGACAGCGAGUACAGCGGGUGGCGACGCUCCGAGGCGGAGGAUGAGGUUGAGGAAGUGACGACCCCGACGAAAAUCAAGGAGCUGAAGCCGGAGCAGGAAACCACCCCCAGGCACAAGCAGGAGUUUUUAGACAAACCAGAAGACGUUUUGCUAAAGCACCAGGCCAGCAUCAAUGAGCUGAAGAGGACGUUGAAGGAACCCAACAGCAAGCUGGUUCACAGGGACCGGGACAGGAGGCUGCCUUCAUCACCAGCCUCUUCCUCACCCAAGAAUGAAGAUGAGACGCCAAAGGGGACCCCGGAGAAGGCCAGUGAGAGGAUUGAAGAGGAUUCCCUAGAGGAGUUAUCAGCCGAGCACGGAGCUGCCUUAUCCAUGGAGUCUUUCACCCAGAAAAGCCUUGCCUCUUCUCCUGAGGGUUCAGAGCAUUGGGUAUUUGUAGAGAGAGAAACUUCUAGGCUGGAAGAGCUUGCUCUAGAGAAAGCUAUUGGAACCAAGAAAGAAGACGUACCUACAGGUCCUUCAGAGGAGCAAAUAAGUGUGAGCUUAUCAAAAGUGGACAUUGCAGUAGGGAAAGCCAAAAAAGCAGUAGCACAAGAGGAACCAGCAAGUGUGAAACUGGAUACCCAUGCAAGAGACAAAAUGAUCGCUAGUCCAGAGGAUUUUGAGUCUAUGUGGGAGGAUGAAGUGUCUGAGAGCGAAAUCAGAGAAGACCCCCUUUUGGAGGCAGAAAGCCAGCCAUCUGAGAAUGGCAAAGAGCAGAAGUCCAAGGAGGGAAAAGAAGAGGUGAUAACUAAUGAACUUAAGCAACCAGCUGGCUCUUUGGAAGGCCAGGCUGAGCAAAAUCAACAACCUGAAGAUUCCCAAGCAUAUGAAAGACCAAGGUCUGAGCCUUCUGGGCCAGAACCUCCAAAGAAAGAAAGGAAAGCUAUCGUGCAAGAGCCUGGGUCUGUCUCACCAGCUUCAGAUAAGGAAGAGUCCAUAAUACCUAGCCCAACCUCCGAGGGUGUUAAAGCUAAUGUGGAGUCUAAUGAUGACGAGACAAUGUCUUCUGCUGCAGAGAGGAUCUUUUACUUGAGAGCUACAGAAGGAGACAAAAAAGAGAGUAAAAUCCAUCUCAGACUGGAAGAGGAAGAAAAGCCUUGUUCUGCUGAAAAAGAGGGCCUGGAGCCCAAACCGGACCUUUCUGAUGAAAAAAGGACGAGCCCUGAGCUUGAACCAGCAUCUGAUCCAACAGCUAUAAGGGGAAAGGACAAGUUCCAACCCACUUCCUCAGCAGGUGGCCAAGGAAAAUCAGAGCUGGAUGAAUCCGUUAUAGAAUCAGACCCAGCUGAGAAGGUUCUAGAGCUUAGCAAAAAGACACACCCCCUAGGACAUUGUACUGCAGAGAAGGGGGCAUAUGCACCAGAGGAAGAGGAGUCUGCUGGGUCAAUAGGCAGUGAAUCGAAAGGUGGAACUGAAUCUGAGUCACGCUCUGCAGCAAAGGAAUCGAGGGACGAGGACCCACAAGAACCGAUGGCAGAAUUAAAGCUUGGUUCCCUCCCCAGGGAAGGUGGAGAGACUGAGCUCUCUCAAGAGCAGGGCAAGAGAUACAGUGCAGCACAAAGCUCCAUCCUGGCAGAAGGCCUGAAAGGGUCAGAAAAACAGGACAUGUGGAAAGGGGAAGCAACUUCCAAUGUGUCAGAGACUGGAAGAGAAACAACUGAGCUGGGAGAAAGAGAAAUGUCAAAAAUGAUUCUUCAGAUGGAAGCCAUAGAGAUUAAACCAACCCCCAUUAGCCUCCCAUGGCAGCAUCCUCCCAGCACAACAGAAAGUCCAGAGGAAGAGAAACUAAGCCAGCCCACCGUAGGCGAGCCGCCCCAGGACACAGACCCCAAGGCGGGCGAGCCAUCCUGGGACACAAGCCCUGCUGAGGGUGAGCUGCCCCAGGACACAGGCCCCAAGGCUGGUGAGCCACCCCAGGACACAGGCCCCAAGGCUGGUGAGGCUCCUCGGGACACAGGCCCCAAAGCGGGUGGACCACUCCGGGACGCAAGCCCCAAGGCGAGCGAGCCACCCCGGGACACAGGCCCUGCUGAAGGUGAGCCGCCCCAGGACACAGGCACUGCUGAGGGUGAGCCACCCCAGGACGUAGGCCCCAAGGCUGGCGGACCACCCCAGGACGCAAGCCCCAAGGCGAGCGAGCCACCCCGGGACACAGGCCCUGCUGAAGGUGAGCCGCCCCAGGACACAAGCACUGCUGAGGGCGAGCCGCCGCAGGACACAGGCCCCAAAGCUGGUGAGGCUCCUCGGGACACAGGCCCCAAAGCGGGUGGACCACCCCGGGACGCAAGCCCCAAGGCAAGCGAGCCACCCCGGGACACAGGCCCUGCUGAAGGUGAGUCGCCCCAGGACACAGGCCCCAAGGCCGGCGAGCUGUCCCAGGACACAGGCCCUGCCGAGGGUGAGCUGCCCCAGAGCACAGGCCCCAAGGCCAACGAGCCACCCCAGGACACUGGCCCCGCCGUGGGUGAGCAGUCCCAGGAUACAGGCCCCACCAUGAGUGAGCUGCCCCAGGACACUAGCCCCAGUGUGGGAGAGCCACUCAGGGACACAGGCUCCAAGGUCGGUGAGCCUCCCCAGGACAUAAGCUUCAAGGCAGAUGAGCUACCCCAGGACAAAGGCCCUGCCACGGGCGAGCAAGCGCAGGAUAAACCUCCUUCAGGAGAAGAAACUGAAGCCUUCCCUACAGGCUCUCCUGUAAAAGGAUCACCUCAUGGGGACAAGGAAUUGUCACGUCCUGUUGUUGCCACAGCUGAAGGUGGGAAACCUACCAACAGGAAACAAAAGCCAGAGUCUGGGCCUUUGAAGUCAAUUGCAGGUGGGGUGAAAGUUGCAUCUCAGGAGCCUGAGGAGGCACCUGUGGAGCUGGCUUCACCCUCCCUCACCACUGGCUGGCAGGGCUCACAGGGACACGACAGUGAGAUGUAUGAAAAAACCUCUGUGGCUUCUAAAAUUAAGCUGUUUGAACAAGGUGGCACUUGCGGCCCAGUCUCUGAUGAGCGAAAAAGAGCAGCCCAAGAGCAGCCCCGAGAGAGUGAAACCAAGAGACCAUCUAAACCAACAGAGGUGCAGAUAGAGCCACCACGGGCCAUGGGCCUAGUCACGUCUCCCACACCCUCGGUCACUUCAAAUGACAGAGCCUGGCAUGCUGGGGAAGUGUCUGGUGUGGGAUGCCUAAUCACUGCGCAACGGGCAGCCACAGGACAGUCUUCCCAGCCUCCGUCUUUGAAGGAAGGUGUUUCCACCGAUUCAGAGCACAGAGGAGAAGGCACCAGGCUUGCUUCCCCUGAUUCCGGCUGUGAAAUCACCCUGACGGACGCUGUGAGCAAAUCUCAGGAACCAAUUUGGGAAGAAAAGGAUUUAUUUGACCCAUCAGUAAAAGCUGCCCCGAAAGAAGAGGGUUUAAGGACUGCUAUUCCAGUGGUCUCCCAGAGAGCGGGAGCGAGGGAGGGCGCAGAGGAGAAGGUGAAGCCACCUCGGCACAGGGCUCCUGAGAGCGACACUGGGGAUGAGGAGCAAGACCAGGAGAGGGAUUCAGUCUUUCUGAAGGACAACCAUCUGGCCAUCGAGCGAAAGUGCUCGAGCAUCACGGUCAGCUCAACCUCCAGCUUGGAAGCCGAGGUGGACUUCACUGUGAUCGGCGACUUCCACAGCACAGCCUUUGAAGACUUCUCCAGAAGUCUGCCUGAGCUCGAUAAAGACAUGAGUGAGAAGGAAACUGAAGGUGCGAUUUCCUCCCAGGAUACUGACAAAGCAGCUCCUGGCCAAGAAGAAGAUGCCAAGGAAGGGGAGCAGGGCUCCCACCAUAUCCCAGAAGUGUCUCACUUUGAGUCAUCCGUUCUGAAAACAGAGGCUGUGACUGUCAGCUCGGUGACUGGCACGAAGAAAGUAGAACCAGAGGUCUCCGUGCACCACAGAGUCACCACGGCGGAAACACAGGUUGACAGAGGCACCCUGGGCGGAAAAGAGACAACAGCCACGUCCCACAUCGUCACCACAGAAAGCAUAUCAGUGACUUCAGUAAGCAUGUGCCUCUGUGGAGCCAGGCCAUCUUUUCCUGAGGUCCCCAGGUGGCGGCGUCUGAUUGCGUCCUCCUUCAUUGAUUGAUCCCUGGGUGCUGGGUGAGAGGGAGCGGCCUGAGCUGGGUGGGGGGUGCUGUUCUAUUGGGGACAGGGAAAGAAGGCCGCCUUAUCCUUGGCCAUUUGAAGAUGGCAGCAAAUGAAGGGAGAGGCCUACAGACCAGCCAUGUCUCUGAUGCUCCCCUCCCAGCUGUUUGUCCUGCUUGUGUCCAUGCCAAUGCUCCAAUGUAUGUUGUUCCUCCAGGAUCACAGUACCAAGCCUGGGAAGGGAAUGAGCCCGGCUACCGAACUUCGCUCCAUGUCUCCAAUCACCAGCAGCUCUGCUGGGAAGGAAGUUCUCACCAGCAUAUUUGGUGCCACUGCCGAAACCCUCUCCACCUCCACCACUACCCACGUUACCAAG